ACACACGAUCGAUAAUAAUCACCAACAAGCUUUGUCGUACGUUUUGGAUUUUGGUCUCCUUUAAAUGGAUAAAAUAAGAGAUUCUGGACUGUCCUUGUAAUAAUAGAAAGGUGGAAAACAAUAAUAGAAAGAUAUUGUUAAUCGGAAACCGGUAACUAAUAGCGAGGGAUAUGAAUUCAAAUAAUACUGCCACGGGAUAUACUCCUAGACCGUUCAGUAGAUGCGGUAGUGAAGCGGCCUACGAAAAUAUGAAUAGAAAUAGGGGAACAAUGGGCUUAAUCAUGGAUUCUGAAUGUAAUAAAAACUACUCGGACCCUGAAGCCCCUAAACCCAGGAUAUUAUCGGAUGCAGCUCAGGAAUAUGCAACUAGAAACAAGGGAAGUGUUAACUUGUCACUAGACUCUGCUAGAAGCUAUGUUGAAGAACCAAAAUUGACAACAAGAGUACGGCCGGAAGGAAGCGAAUACGCUCUGAAAAACGUCAAAGGGAGCAUUGACGGUAUCUUUAAAGCAAAGGAUCCUUAUACAACACCAAGAUUAGCUUCUCGUACAUCCGGUGAUGGUAGAAAUAUUGCUGAAAAGUCCCAAGGUCAAAUGAAUCUAGUUCUUGAUCAAUCUGCAAACAGAAAAUUUAGAAACGAUUUUCCUGCCGCCCGAGUUAAACCUGAAGCAAGUGGAAAUGCAGCCAAGAAUGCUGGUGUAAUGCAUCUUUGCCUUGAUGAGACGAAAAAAUACUCGUAUGAUUAUGCUCAACCGAGGGUAAAACCUGAGGCGAGUGAAAUAGCCUCGAAGAGCCGUGGCUCUAUGGAUCAAGUCUUUUCUUCUAGACCAUGUCCAGUAGAAACAAAGCCACCCAGGGUACGACCAGAAGCAACAGAAUAUGCUCAAAAAAAUGCCGGAUCCACUAAAGAAUUAUUUGAGAGUUACGGGAAAUUGUCGGAUGAUAAGGGCACAAGAAAUGCCAGAGUCAGAGGAGAAGGGCAAGACAUCGCAAAAAGUGGAAAUAAGGGAACAUUACACAUUCUAAUAGAGAAACAUGGACAGUUACCUGGUGAUUCAAAGCCUCCAAGAAGACUGAAAGGUAGUGGUUCAAGAUAUGCAAACAGAAGUAAGGGGCAAGGUAUGAAUGUAAUGUUACACGGUGAAAAAAAGACAUACAAGCAUCGAUCUGUUAACGUUUAAGUGCUGUCUCUAAAGCUUCAUAACGUUUACAUCAUAUUGUCAUUAUUAUUAUUAUAUAUUAUGUUUCUUCUUAUUAAAGGGAUGAUUGAGUUUUUAGUAAUGCAAGUAUACUCUAUAUACUGUAUAUAUAUAUAUAUAUAUAUAUAUAUAUAUAU